CGCUGAACACUGACGUCAACCGAGCCGCUCACUUAAAGGGCCAGAACUUUUCGUGCUCCGUCUCCGCCUCCCCGAGAUCACCAAUCAGAGAGGGAGCCGGCCCGUGACGCUAUCUCCCCGCGACGAGGCCGGCUGGCGGCGGCGUUUCCUGGUGACCGAGGCGAUGGGCAGCCGAGAGGUCCUCGGCCAGGCGGCCCGGCUGGCCUCCUCCGGUCUGCUCCUGCAGGUGUUGUUUCGAUUGAUCACCUUUGUCUUGAAUGCAUUUAUUCUUCGCUUCCUGUCAAAGGAAAUCGUUGGCAUAGUGAACGUGAGGCUAACACUACUUUACUCGACCACCAUCUUCCUGGCGAGAGAGGCCUUCCGUAGAGCAUGUCUGAGUGGGGGUGCCCAGCGAGACUGGAGCCAGACCUUCAACCUCUUGUGGCUAACCGUCCCCCUGGGUAUGUUCUGGGCCUUGCUCCUGGGCUGGGUGUGGCUACAGCUGCUGGAAGUACCCGAUCCCCAGGCCGUCCCCCACUAUGGAAGCGGAGUGGUGGCGUUCUGUCUUUCUGCUGUGGUGGAGCUUCUAGGAGAGCCUUUCUGGGUCUUGGCACAAGCACAGAUGUUUGUCAAGCUCAAGGUGAUUGCCGAGAGCCUGUCGGUCAUCCUCAAGAGUGUCCUGACAGCUUUUCUUGUGCUAUGGGUGCCUCACUGGGGGCUAUACAUUUUCUCUUUGGCCCAGCUUCUCUACACUGCAGUUCUGGUGCUCUGCUAUGUUAUUUAUUUCACAAAGUUAUUGGGCUCCUCAGAAUCAACCAAGCAACAGACUCUUCCUGUCUCCAGAAUGACAGAUCUGUUACCCAAUAUUACAAGAAAUAGAGCUUUUGUAAAUUGGAAAGAGGCUAAACUGACUUGGAGUUUUUUCAAACAGUCUUUGUUGAAGCAGAUUUUGACAGAAGGCGAGCGAUAUGUAAUGACCUUCUUGAACGUGUUAAAUUUUGGCGAUCAGGGCGUGUACGAUAUAGUGAAUAAUCUCGGCUCCCUUGUGGCCAGAUUAAUUUUCCAGCCAAUAGAGGAGAGUUUUUACAUAUUCUUCGCCAAGGUGCUGGAGAGAGGAAAGGAUGCCACGCUUCAGAAGCAGGAGGACAUGGUUGUGGUCGCUGCGGUGUUGGAGUCCCUGCUCAAGCUGGCCCUGCUGACCGGCCUGACCAUCACCACUUUUGGCUUUGCCUAUUCUCAGCUGGCUUUGGAUAUCUACGGAGGAGUCAUGCUUAGCUCUGGAUCAGGUCCUGUUUUGCUGCGCUCCUACUGUCUCUACGUCCUCCUGCUUGCCAUCAACGGAGUGACCGAGUGUUUCACAUUUGCUGCCAUGAGCAAAGAGGAGGUCGACAGGUACAAUUUCACAAUGCUGGCCCUAUCAUCUUCGUUCCUGGCGUUAUCCUACCUCCUGACCCAGUGGUGUGGCAGUGUGGGCUUCAUCUUGGCCAACUGCUUUAACAUGGGCAUUCGGAUCACACAAAGCCUUUGCUUCAUCCACCGCUACUACCGGAAGAGCCCUUACAGACCCCUGGUGGGCCUGCGCCUAUCACUGGCCCUCCUCGGAGCAUUCGCCCUCAGUGGUGGGAUUACUGCUAUUUCUGAGGAGCUACAAACACCAACAAACUAUCUCCAGGACGUGACAGUUAACAACCUGGCCUGGAAACAGAUAGCCACUCUACCCCUCACAGGAACAUGGUGGCCCUUACUCUGUGGAAGCAGGAAGGAGACCUGAUGUUAUGCACCGGGUUGGAACAGAGAUGGCCCUGGAGGUGUGGCUUUCUCCAUGUCAGCACUGCGGGCUGGUUUUCAGGGAGGGAACAAUGUUCCUCAGUGAGAAGUCCAAGAAAUGAAAACACAGGGUCUUCGGUUCCCGCUUCCCAGAGUUAGCUAGGGGGAGCCAUGCACCUCAUCUUGACUGCUGUGUGCCCCGGACCACGUGCCUUCCCACCUUUGGCUCAGGCUGCCUCAAGACCGUGGCCUGGCCACCUGCCGGGAGGCCCUGAAAGAAGCGGGGAGCCAGCGUGAGCUCCUGAAGGGAGCAGCGCACUCGUGGAGACCUCACAGGCGGCAGCAGAAGCAGAAGUGAGGUAUUUUUUCCCUCAUAAUAAAAUGGGCACUUUCUGUGUGGCAGGGCCCUCCCCUCGACCCAUUGCUUGCAGCACUGGUCAGUAUCCCUGAAUGGCAGCUUCAGGGCGAGAGUGGCAGGCCUGGGGGUCUGGUCCUCCAGACCAUGGGGUGAGGCCUGGCGUGAGCCCCGCAUCUCGCACCUACAGCCAGCAGGCAACACCAUCAGGCCUCAUUCUGAGGCCGCAAUGCAUUUUUCUUCUUUCAUUGAUACAUUAAUUCCUUUCGGGGAUCACUGACAUAAACCGUAUCCUGGAUGGUAAUAGUGAUCAUCUGGCCCUGAUGUCCCACACCUUCUGUUUACGCCCAGAGAAAAGGGCAACUUGCAUCAGGUGGUGGUUUGACUCAAAUGCACCCCUUUGAUGCACACCCAGGGGCCGAGGAUCAAGAUUCACAGCACACAGAGACUUGCACCAAGUCACUUGGACUCAAAGAAGAGAAUGCUUUGCACUGAUUGGAAAAGUACCUACAUGCAGGGUGUCAUUGCCCAGAGAUCCUCCACAAGCGUGGCCUUGGUUGUGCUCUCGUAAGGCAUGGUCAGGCUUAGAGCUGAGUGUCCCAUGGGAUGGGGGGCCGUACGCACUGAAGCAGCCCUCCCUCCCUCCAUGUACUUUCAUUUGUCUCGAGUGCACAGAAAUGGACUUUAGGUCUCACAAGUUCCUCCUCUGCUGCCCUUGGCCACCACCCCCUCUCCUGGAACCCUGUUAACCACCCCAUGCCCAUUUGACCCCAGACUCCUAAAAUGGCCCUUAAACUACCUUCCUCAGAAUCGCCUGGUUGCACGUUAGAAAUACAACUUCCCAGGCCCCACUCCA